AUGGCACCUCCUCGAAGAAGCGGCCGCUACGGACAUACUAAGGGCAGCAAGAAGAAGGAAGAAGAUGACGAUGGUGACCAUGAGGGCGUAAUGAUUCAGUGUGAGACAUGCAAGGUGUGGCAGCACUGCCCCUGUGUUGGACUCGGUGACGGAGAAGUGACCCCAGACAUGUACUACUGCGACUCAUGCCGUCCCGAGAACCAUCCAUACCGUGUCCAGAACGGUCAACUGAUAUCGAAUGCAAAGUCAACGGCAAAACCAACAAAGAAGAGGAGUACGAUGAACUCAAAGGAGGCAUCAAUUCCCAUGGACCUGAUGUUGGCGCAGCAAAAGUGGAACGAGGAACACCAGGAUGAGAUUGAGGAUGAUCUCCCCCCUCGCGCUGCAGCCAAGAGGCGGAGAAAGACCGAGAGCAGCACUACCGACAUUGACGAUGAACACCACCAUAACAACAACAACAACAACCAACAGGACUCUAACGAUGCUGCCACCGCUGCAUCAAACACGACGACCAAGAGCAAGAAGAAGGACAGCACUGACGAUCGGGACUCUGCGUCGACCUCUCCUUCAUCCUCACCAAAGUCUGCAUCUUCCAAUGGUCGGAAUACAACCAAAAAGGCAUCUGCCAAAUCGACAUCCAAGGCUCGUUCGCGUUCCAACACACCCAGCAGUAACGAUAACCAAGGAGCUGAUCCCAGCAAUGGAUCCCACCCCCCCAGCAAGGAAUCUUCACCCAUAGCUGUAUCAAGUACUUCAAACAGUCCCAAGAACAGCCGCCCACAUGAAGACUCCACAGCCGAUGCCAAGACCCCGGGCUCAUCAGAUUCAAGUGUUCCCGCGACCAAGCGCAGGAAAACCGUGAGCAAGUCUGACAUGCCAUCCAGGUCCGAGUCUCUCGCCGCCGAUGAAGACGACGAUUCCACCAACAAGAACAACUCUGACGCCGAGCAUACAGAAACGACGACGAGGUCGCGAAAGGGAGGCGCUGGGUCGAAGUCUGGCAGCAAGCGGAAUAGCGGGCAUCAAGGCCACGCCGAGUCACGUGAUGAUUCAGUCGCACCCGUCAGCAGUAGCAACAGCAGCAAUGGACACCAACAGGUGCCCUCGGUCUCUUCUCCUGCGCCAUCGACCAAGAAGGGAUACUCCAAGCGAAAUGGCGAUCGUGGAACCAGCACCAGGAGUGGAUCCCGCAACUCGACUCCCGCACCAAGUCAUAGCGAGAGCACACCCCAACCAAUGGCACCUGCAGCACCUGCAGCGGUGCGAUACCCCUCAUCCAAGAUGACACUCCAGGAGAUGGCCAAGCGCGCCAAGCAGAUGUUGGACUACAUCUCGCGUGUGCAGGUUGAGCUGGCGGAUCACAAGAGCAAGGUCACACCGGUUGCUUCUCCCGAGUGCAGCAGCACGGCUGCUACGACUCGUCGUCCCACGGCCUCGCCAGGCACUACUCAUCGUCCUGUCCACCAUGACAACCAUGACAUUGAUAGAGAGAUGAGAAGGCUGAAUGACGUAGAGUCGUUUGGUUUCAGAUUGCCAAAGCCUGCAGUGUCAACAAGUUCAGGAUCUGGUAUUCACGGAGACAGCCAGGUUUGCCCGGAUCUGUCACGGUCCAGUAUGGACAGCACAUCGUCAACGGUGGAUGGAAUGCCAGAGCCCAGCAGCCCUGUUGAUAUGAAGGUGCCUACCUCGUCACUGAACGGCAAGGAUCUGAACAUGACGAUCAAGGUGAUCCCUAUGCACGCUCAGGACUCCUCGCUGCUGUUGUCGACGCCACCUCUAUCUGUCCACGAUCACCAGCACCACAACCAGGGUCAUCACUCCCAUCACACCUCUAGAAGUCCCGACUCGGAUACGAACCAUGAGCCAUUGACACCUCCUCACCAGCCCCUGGAAGGUGCAUCCGAGGAGCAUCAGGAAGAAGGAGAGUCGGAUGAGAAGCAGGCUGGCACUGUCACCAGCAUGGACUUGAUGGACAAGUUGACUGGCGACCUCAUUCGCUUCCAAGAAAAGUUUGGUGCCUUUACCUGA